AUGCCCCUGGUUUUAUUUGAGAGAUGCUUGCUUGCAACUACUGGUCGAAUUCGAUUCCUGACUUCCUCGUCGAGAUGUAGGAUGACCUUUGAAGGAAAUACGGAAGGAUUACGAGGGACUCCAGAGGAAAGGAUGUCAACUGUUUUUGGUGGCCGACUGAAAGGUGAAGCUCCCACGUCUACGAGUCGUAUAGUCUCCGGCGGAGUGAAAGUGAUAGCUGGGGUUUCUGUGCCAGCGAAACCUGUAGAACCCGAUAACUGCUGCAUGUCCGGAUGUGUCAAUUGCGUGUGGGAGGUGUUUAGUGAGGAUAUUAGGGAAUGGAAACGGCAGAGGAAGCUUGCUGCUUCUCGAAUAAAGAACACUGAUCAGGUCUGGCCAGCAAACUGGAAUCCGCCGCUAUCAAUGCUGUGCUUGAAGAACGUACCAGAAUCACUGAAGACCGACAAGAUUCGGCUUGAUAAGCAGGCUAAGAAAGCCGCAGGCCAAUCAGCGAGUUUGUUUCCUGAGCGCACCACACCAUUGCCCAAGAGUGUCAUUGAGGCCAAGAGGAGGAACGCUCUACGUCAUGGAAAGGCUGCUAGAACUGCUCAAAGUGAGAUAGAUGGGGACGAAGAGGGCUGGCAGGAUGUACCAGUGUACAUCAGGGCUUUCGCUGAAUUCGAACGAAAGAAGAAGUUGGCGAAACAGCAGAAGGAAGGCAGGAGCGGCUCCCAAUAA